AUGGACUCUGCUGCCUCUGGUGUGCACCUGUCGGCAGAGGGCGCCCUGCCGGAGGAGCUGCAGACUUUCAUGACAGAGCUGGGCCGUCUUGAGGCGGUGUCGAAGUCACGUGCGCAGGAGCUGGCCCGCGCAAAGGCGACGGAGCGGGCGCUGAGCGAGCAACUGGCGGCGGUCACCUACGUAGCGCAGAAGGCGCGGCACGCAAGGUUGCAGUUGGAGCUAGAUGCAGCCGCCACGCAGGUCAGGACAGAAGGAGCAAGGCGCGAGGCCGCCGAAGAUCGAAAACGGCUAAGCCACAUUACCGCUCAGCUGAAGGGCGUUGAGGCACGCAGCAUAUCUCUUGACACACAGAAUGAAGAGGGACAGGAUCGAAGCUGCCAUGACAUUCCGCGUGAGGUCCCAGCAGGCAAGAGGGCAACAGCGAUCACAGGGAACAUGGCCACGUUGCCAAACACCUUCGCAGGUGAUCACCAACUGUAUCGCUCUCUCAACUGUAUCCAUAGACAUCCGCGGCUGUCAAACCUUCUUCUCGCACCUCUUGUUCGGCUACUCCGAGAACUGGGUGCGCAGUACACGGCAGCUCUCGACGACAAGAGCCUAGCUGAGCGGGUGGCGCCUCCGCUGCACUCGCUGUGUUCGUUGGAUGCCUUCCAGGUGUGGUUGCGCGAGCGCGCCUGCGGUGCGCUGACGGAUGAGGACGUGCGUUCUCUUUUAUUCAUCGCGAACGUGGCAGAUCGCCACGUCGCCGGCUGA